AUGUCGACAGAAGGCAAUAUCUCCGAUGUCUUGACGAACCUGACGCGUCCCCCGACCGAUGCCACUCUUACCGUCCGCAUCAUCAAGUCAUUUGAAUUUCGGACCGAACGCAGUCUCGUCCUCCAUGAUAUAAAUCUGGAGACCACUACUGUGGGCGAGCUCAAGGAGAUCGCAUCGAAAGCUGUCAAAACGCAGCCAGGCUGGAAAGCGUACAGGAAUGUGGAGCUUGAUACACUCAAGCUAUACUCAAAGGCGCAUGGGGCCAAGACCACAAAUCUCAUAAUUAAUCUUGAUCACGACGACUGGCUAUUCAAAGAUGAUAGCAAAUUCCUUAUCGAUCUGGGAUUCGAAAACGAAACCGAAGUGAGCUUCUUCAACGGCGAAAUGUACGAAAAGUUCAGAGCGAAUCCAGAGACACGCUGGGAUUCAUGA